GAUGCAGGCAUGUUUGGGGAGAUCCUGAGUUACAUCUACUCGGGAACCCUCAAUGUGUCACUGGACAAAGUGCAGCCCCUGUACCAGGCAGCUGACCUCCUCCAACUGGACUAUGUGAGAGACACCUGCAGCAGCUACAUGGCCAUGAACGUGGAGCACUCCACCUUUGUCGACAUGUACAAUUUUGCUGAUGUUUUUUCUGCAGAUAUUGUCCUGAGGCGCUGUGUGGAGUGGAUCGAUAUAAACUUUGCUGAGUUUUCCAUCAGCGAGGAGUUUGGCAGCCUGAGUGUGAAUCAGCUGACUAAGAUCAUCAGCCAUGAUGAGCUGGAUGUUAAAGAGGAGACAACAGUGUGGGAGGCUGUGGUGAGAUGGGUGCAGCACAGCAGGGAGGACAGACUGCUCCACCUACCCAGCAUGCUCCCUCACAUCCGCUUUAACCUGCUGACCUCAGAUGACAGGGCAGCCAUCUUGGAACACCCCUUGGUCAGGGAGGAUCCUGGGAGCUCUGAGGUCAUCAGAAAUGUGGUACAGAAUGGAAAACCGAGCUCGAGACUUGGAAGGACUACUGAAAUGGUUCUGCUGUCCGAUGGAAUUUCCAAUGAUCUUCUCUUCAUGAAUCCUCGGGAAGGGAAGUACAUCACCUGCAGUUACGAUCGUAAACCUGGAGCCACAGAUUUGACAGUGACCAGUGAUAACAACAUCUACAUUCUGACUCAUGAUCGAGAGAGCAACAAUCAGUCGUCUGUGCUUAAGUACAACCAUGCGGGAAAUGUGUGGGAACAUGCCGGUAUGUCCUCAGUAUCUACGUGGCUGAGACUGGAAAACGAUUUGAUUUGCUACAAGGAGCACCUUGUUGCAGUUGAUCGGACUUUAUACUACCUUGCUGAAAAUGCAGAAGGUUUGGUGUGGAUGAAAAAGUACAACCGGCACACAGAUCAGUGGCAGGAGUGUUCACAGCCGCAAUUUGACAAUACUACAUACGGCUACAGUGCAGCAUUGUCCUGCAGUUCACACCUCUAUUUCCUCACAACCUCGGAAGUGCAUCGCUACGACCCGAGACAGGACCGUUGGUGUAAGCGGAGCCCAUCACCAGAACUCGACUUUGAAUUUCGUACAGCCGUUGCCAUGGGAACAGAGAUUUUCUGCACCGAUUUUGACUUCAGUCAGACUAUGGUGUACGACACAGAGUCAGACUGCUUGCAGAAACUGCAAGGCUGGCCGAACCCUGGAAACCGUGAAACUAGUAGUAUUCCCAGUCUUUUUGUAUUGGGGAACCAGCUGCACAUAUGGUUCAUCUGUUGCUAUGAUCAUGAUGAGGAUGACGAAGAACACCUAGUCUAUGUGUAUGACAGGUCUGCUGAUUCCUGGAGAGACUUGAAGGCCACUUUGCCUAAUAAGGAAUAUUUCUCGUAUGGUCACCUGUGCCCUGCGGCGCGUAUAUACCUACCGUAUCUGAAACUGCAGGAUAAGGACACAUAGAAUGUAACAAUCUUACAGGGUAGGAUUGUUAAAUGAUAUUUGUGUUAAGAAUUCGGCUUUUGAGGAGAACCCAAAAAUGAGAUAGGUCUUUUGGAACAUUUAAAACAAGUUGCAUUUUGACGGAAACCCAUUCACAAAGUAGUGUAGCCAAAUGGCCUGAAAGCAGAGAUCGACGCCGCCAUAUGUACCAUGCACAUUGCUAGGAGCAUGUUAACGUUUAUGGUUCUUUUUUCUGAAGUUUGAAGAUUCUCAUCUCAUGACUGACUUGAUGUGUCUUCCACGCAUGCAAACAGUUGCAAUUUCUAGAUACACUCUUUAUAAAGUGUCAAAACAAUUGUACUUAUAUUACAAUUGUACUUACAUUUUCCUGUCGUAGAAUGGUUUUUCCUGUAUUUAAUUUUGUAUUUUUCUCCCACUUUGUAUUCUAUCCUGAGUAGGUUUUGUAUAUUAGACCAAGUUUCCUAUUUUAGCCUGACUAAGUUUUGUAUGUUAGUCUGACUAAGUUUUGUUUGUUACCCUACAUUAUACGUUUUGGAUGUGAGCCUGACUAAGUUUUGUAUGAUUCUUACUAAGCCUUGUGUGUUAGCCUGGCUAUGUUUUUUUUUAUGUGAGCCUAAUGUUUGAUUCUAGCAACCCGUUUAGGCCAGGCCCUUCGUUAUAGGUCUCCACGGAGCCCAGGGCAGUGAGAGCUUGUGUGGAACAGAGUCUGACUGUAAAUUUAAUCGUUUUCAGCUUUGACGUUUGCAUAUACUAUGCAUAACUUGUUGUAUUGUUUUGUGUUAUAUUUGUUUACACUUAGUUUUUCUUCAGAAGCCUGUUACACUGUUGCGCAUAUCCAUGAGAUUAAAACUAGUUUAUAUACCUGCAUUUCCAUUUACAAUAUAUAUGUAUACU